AUGGCCACCACCAACAAAAAACACAAGCCUUACUUGCCUGACGAUAUUAUCUACAAAAUUCUCCGACGUCUUCCCACCAAAGCUGCAGUCCGCAUGAGCUCUCUUUCCAAGCAAUGGGAAGGUGUCUGGUCUCUCCUUCCCUCGCUAGAUUUCGACGAGGGCGGCAACCCUGAUGAUUAUCAUCACCACAACUUCGUCGUUGACACCGAAAACUUACUUCGACAUAAAAGGUUCGUCAACAACAUCUUGGCAAAGUAUUUGGAAUAUCGUCAAAAAGACAAUAAGCAGAAAGAUGUCUUAGAUAAACUGAAGAUCCGCAUGGCAAGGUUUCAUACAGGCGACGUAACUCUUAUAAAUAAGUGGUUGGAUUUUUCAUUUGAGACAAGUGUGAAAGAGUUAGAUAUCAGCCUCAGAAUUAGUAAGUUGCAUUGGAAUAUUGAGGAUGGUGGGUUCUGGUUUUACUACUGCAUAUCUCGGAGGACCUUUUUUAAUGCAAAAUCUUUGACUGCUCUAAAUUUGGAGCACGUGAGAAUAAAAAGCUUUGACCACACAAUACAUGAUACAAGCCUUAGCCUUCUUCCCUCUUUGAAAACCAUGUGCCUCAAAAGUGUGGUCUUCGAUAACCAUGCUCUCUUCUCCUUAAUUCGGGAGUGCCCUUCCAUCGAGUCCUUGUCACUAGCUUCAUGUUCUUUUGAGGAUUCCCUUUCAAGUUCCAGUCUCAAAUCCUUGGAGGUCAAGGAUUGCAUGGCUCCCAAAGUUGAAGUUGAUGAAGCUGUGAAUCUUGAAUGUUUUACCGUCGUUUCUUCACAAUUGCCUCUCCAGCAGAUUUCCCUGAGGAGAUCUAAUAACUUGAGAUAUAUCCACAUUCGUGCUCAGCACUUGCAAUGCAUUUCUUUAAAUGGAUGCCAUCAAACUGUGAAGGCCACAAUCGAUACUCCAAAUCUAGUUUCUUUCUAUUUCAAUGGUUAUGUGAGCUACUCCAAUUUUCAUGUGAAAGCUCCAAAUUUAAAGGUAGCCAGCAUUCGACUUUUGGACCAUUGGGACGAAGAGUUAUCCACCAUCGAUCGUCCCUGGAAACAUUUUCCUACCCUAAGAGAUUUUCUGAAAGAAUUCGGUUGCAGCAAACAAUUGAAUCUCCUUGCUUAUGAGUUUAAGGGUAUCAUCUUUCCAGAGAAUUUCAGAAAGAUCUUCUCUUCACCUCUGCCUUAUGCGAAUGUUGAAACAUCCCUUCAUGCUCUCUUCAAUUGCACGGUUAGUUCUUCACUUUUGGAAAAACUGGGUUGGACUUCACUUCUUACUGCUUUACCUCGCGAUGACACUGCAAGCUGGCUGCAGGUUGUAUGGGAAGUUCUUCCUAAUUCCCAACAUUCUCUGUUUGCUAUUGGUCUUUGGUCCCUAUGGAAUUGCAUGAGAGUGGGGACCGAAGCCUUAGUUUUAUAUGGUGAGUGCCUUGAGGUUCCUAGCCCAUAA